UUGCUACAACGUUUGAUUUUACAUUUACAUGGAGUAGAGCAUCUGCGCGAUUUUUGGAUUUUAGUGAAUUUUUUUGGUAUUUCCUUCCUUGGACCAUUGUUAAUUUAUUGUUAUUUUUGGUCUCACAGAUUUUUUGACUUUACAAAUCUAAUUUUUUUCUACUUUUCCAUUUCGGUUGGGCUUAACCUUUUCUUGAGUCCUAUUUUUUAAAGCUCUGUUUAACAGGGCUUAACCUUUCUUGGGUUCAAUUUUGUAUUAAAUUUAUUUUAAUAUUUAAUUUUUUUGUAUAUUCCAUAUUUUCUCUAUCUUUCCACUUAAAUUUUUUUUUAAAUAAUUUUUUAUUUUCAGGAAUUUUAUACUAGUUAGUUUUUAUUUUCUCUUUUUGGGGUUUAAAUGAUUCGAAAAAUUUCUUAAAAUGUGAUUUUUUAGAAUUUUUAAUUUUCAGACAGUUUGUCCUAUUUUUUUAUUUUUUUUCAGAAUUUUUAUUUUGUUAUUUUUCAUUUUUGUGAAGAUUGCAAACUUGCUAUAACCGGCUUUGCUGGCAAGCCCAUGACAGUUAGCACUACUCCUGGUAUUGGAGUAGCAAAGGGGAUGGGAAAACGAAAUCAAAACCAGCCACAACCUUUACCACCUUCUGGGGGUGCCCAAACAAAAAGAAUUAAAGUCGACUACAAUACUUCAAACAGAAAUAUUGCUGAAAAUUUGGAAUACACAGAUUUGGCUAGUGUACAACCACACGGUUUCUUCUAAAUUUUUUAAUUUUGGGGACUGCCUUUGUUGGUAUUUGAAAUCGAAUCAGACGUUUUAUCCAAAAUCCGUGAGUCGAAUCCCUGUCUUUUUGACGACCCGAACCCUGAAAACCCGAUCUAUGAAAUUUUAGAAAACCCAAUUUGACUUU